AUGGCUGCAGCUGCACCACCGCCACCUCCGGCGCCGGUACCGACGCCUCCGUCAACCGUUCCAGAAGGCUCCACCCCAUUGGGCUUCCCAGUAUUCGCCCGUAUCCGCCUAGCCCAACCCACCGACGUCCCCCAUAUCCACAAACUGAUCCAUCAGAUGGCCGUGUUUGAGCGCCUCACUCACCUCUUCUCCGCCACUGAGGCCUCUCUCUCCUCUACUCUCUUCACCUCUCCACCAUUUCAGUCCUUUACCAUCUUCAUCCUCGAGGUCUCUUCGCAGCCUUAUGUUGAGGACAUUCUUCACAAUAACAAUCCUCUCUAUGAACCCAGAGUCCAGGUCGUCAAUCUGGAUCUUCCGAUCGAUGAUCCGGAAAGAGUGACCUUCAGAUCGACCGGUUCAAGUUCCGAUGUCGUCAUCGCUGGAUUCGUUCUGUUCUUCCCGAACUACUCGACGUUUCUGGGGAAACCAGGGUUUUACGUGGAAGAUCUGUUCGUUAGGGAGUGUUACAGGAGGAAAGGAUUCGGAAGGAUGUUGCUGAGCGCCGUGGCGAAGCAGGCGGUGGAAAUGGGUUACGGAAGAGUGGAGUGGGUGGUUCUCGAUUGGAAUGUGAAUGCCAUUAAGUUCUACGAGGAAAUGGGAGCUAAGAUUUUGCAGGAAUGGAGGAUUUGCAGGCUCACUGGUGAUGCCCUUCAAGCUUAUGGUAAUGGUCAUUAGGGUUCUACUUUGUAACUUUUAUGCUUGCUUGUGUUUUUCUCUGGUGAAAUGGGAAAUCGCUCUUAUGGUCUAUGUUAUUAGAGAGCUACAAAUUGAAGAUUAAUGCCAUGGUUUUUAGGGCUUCUUCAUGAAUUGUGUUAAUGGUUUUGUAACUUCGUACCCUUUCAGCUUUUGAUUCUACAUUAACUGAGAGAUGAACCCUUUUUAAUUCAAAGAAAAAACUGUUAAUGAAACAAAGUUUUCUGAA